GUUCACAGUGCUCGGCCAGUGCAGUUCCGUAUUCAGAAUUCCCGACCCGCCCGACCAUGAUGUGGUAGUCAUGUCACAUCGGAACGUAUCGACCCCAACAUGUUUGCCAGUGAUCCUUCGCGCACAUGGUUUUUCUGGCGCAGGAAGGGGAGCUUACAGGUCUGAUAAGGCCGCCAAGUUUCAGUGUCGCUGCGCAUCCCAUGCAACAGGAUCAAACAAGUAUAUUGGGAAGCUUGCUUGGCAGAUGCCACAAUUGUCGGAGUGCUGCACCUCAUUAUGCACACUCGUGUCAUCGCUUGCUUGCGCACCCACGCAGAAUUUUGCUUCAAGCGCAGCCUGAUUGUUGGCCCGGACUCUGGCAGAAAUAGCGAUUGGUAUUCCCGUGCGCCAUCACCCACAAUGGACUCCAAGAUGCAGAGUUUCGCCAUCGACUUCGUCCUGGGGGGCUUCUCGGGCGCUGUCGCCAAGACCCUCACCGCCCCCAUCGAGCGCAUCAAGCUGGUGGUGCAGACUCAGGACGCGAACCCGAAGAUCCGGAGCGGCGAGGUGCCGCGCUACAAGGGCAUCGUCGACUGCGGCCAGCGCAUUAUCAAGGAGCAGGGCUUCAGGCGUUUCUGGGACGGAAACUUCACGAAUUGCAUCCGCUAUUUCCCGACGCAGGCUUUCAACCUGGCAUUCAAGGACACGUUCAAGAGGAUGUUCCCGAAGUACAACCCCAAGACUGAGUUCCCGAUGUUCUUCGCAGCGAACCUGGUUUCGGGGGGAAUGGCCGCGGCGGGUAGCCUCACCAUCGUCUACCCGCUGGACUACGCGCGGACCAGGCUGGCCUCCGACGUCGGCUCUGGCAAGAAGACCUUCUCGGGCCUCGGCGAUUGCAUCGUGAAGACGAUGAAGGGGCCUGGCGGGUUCGGUGCGCUGUACACGGGCUUCGGCGUGUCCGUGGUGGGCAUCGUGGGGUACCGUGGCCUGCAGCUGGGGACCUUCGACACCAUCGUCGGCCUGAACCCCUACAAGAAGGACAAGGGCUUCAUGGGCGCCCUGUCCACGUUCGUCGCGGCGCAGACCGCCAUCACCAUCGGCGCUGGCGCCACGUACCCCUUCGACACCGUCCGCCGUCGCCUUCAGAUGCAGUCCGAGAAGCCUGUGGAAGAGCACCUCUAUAAGGGGACGAUGGACUGCUUCAAGAAGAUCGCGUCCGAGGAGGGCUUGGCCAAGGGCCUCUACAAGGGGUUCAUAGCCAACGUCGUGCGCAGCGUCGGCGGCGCACUGGUGCUGGUGUUCUACGACCGCGCCAAGAUGUACCUUGGUAUCUGAGCUGCUCCCCGACAGCGUCGAGAUCUGCCCAACAAUUCAGUACAUGUCGGGGUCGGGCGGCCAGGCUGAACUUUUUGAUCUGGGGUUCGGCCUCGUAUUGAAGGACAGCGCUUUGGGAUCCACAAUUUUGGGCGCGCGCUCCCAGUGGCACCCUGCCACGACGGUGCGUCCAGGGCGACGCACCCACACGUUGGCUGUUGGACUGGGGACUUGUUUUCCAGACUUGUGCGCCGUGGAUUUCGCUGUUGGAGCCUCCUGCUUCAGUAUGCUUGAGUCGAUACCCAUCCCCAUCCCCAUCCCGAGCCCCACAGUCCCACCGCCCCAGUCGGGGGCACGCCCCGCGAGAUCCGCAGGGAACGGCCUCUGUCCCCAUCUGGGGGGGGCAAGUCGGCCAGUUGGGCCCAGGCCACGCCAGUGGGGAGGGACUACUGCGUGCGUGCGUGCGUGCGUGCGUGCGUGCGUGCGUCGACUCGCCGAGGCUCAUCCGUGCUGAUCUCCGGACCCGGCUCGGAGGCACAUCCGAGCUGUGGCACCCGUCUUGCUGCUGGGCGUUGGGGCGAGAGGGAGCGCAGCAGCCACAGCAACAGGAGUCCGGGGCGUCGGAGGCGUGGGCCCGUCCCGGCGCCCAAGGCGGAGGGG